AUGAUUGUCAAUACACGCUCAUUCGCCCUCUCCCAGACCAGAAUGACAUCUUCCCCACCUAUAAACCGGUGGUCCUGGGUGUGGUGUCCCGACUCCCGACGGGUACCCCCCACAAAAGGUCCGCGAGCCAGGUGUCACCAGCAAUUACCGACAAAGCCCAAUACAAUGGCAUUCAUCUGUUUACAAAUACCUGGCCAAUAUCUCACGGAAACCUCGUAUUCCAGGACUCUUUCUCUAAGCCUUCUAACUAUUUUAUAAAUCCUGACGAUUUUCCUAAGAACUAUUGCAAGCAUGCCUAGAAUCCAAGAAACGGAUAUGUCCACCCAUUUCAAUAACUGGCCCAAUGAGCAAGGAUUUCAGCCCAACUACGAACAAAAGAUCCCGGUUGAGCUCCAAGUGACCGGAGAGAUCCCGGCAUACACUGCUGGAGUUCUGUACAGAACCGGUCCAGGUCGGUAUGAAGUCGAUAUAGUGGAAGGAAACACCUUCCAGAUCUCUCAUUGGUUUGACGGAUUUAGCCAGACUCACCGGUUCCAAUUAGUAGCUCCAGAAACAACCAGCUCAGGUGUCCGUGUUUUCUACAACUCGCGCAUCGCUACGGACAGCUUGAUCGAGGAAGUGAGAAAGACAGGAUCGUUGGACCACUUCAGCUUCGGCCAAAAGAGAGAUCCAUGCAAGACAAUGUUCAAAAAGUUCCUGAGCUCAUAUCAACCAAACCAAGGAGCAUCUAUCUCCAACAUUGGCGUGACACUAUCCAUCAAUAUGCCUGGGCUGGAGAGUUACUCCACCAAGCAGGGGGGUGGGCGAUGGGACGGUAUAACGACACUAUACGCGGAGACCGACACUUCCAAGUUUAAGAAGAUUCAUCCUGAGACUUUGGAGCCAAUCGGGCUGGCUGAACAGAGAGACCUCCACCCCGACUUAGACGGCCCACUCUCGGCCUCGCAUGCUAAAUCCGACCCUAAGACUGGAGAUGUUUAUAACUACAACAUAAGCUUUACCCCACGGCCAACCUAUCGUGUCUUCCGUGUCUCGGCCGCAACAGGAGAAACCACCAUUCUCGCUACCUUCCCCGCUACACCCGCGUACCUCCACUCUCUCUUCCUAACAGAAGACUAUGUCAUUGUCAGCGUGUGGAAUGCCCACCUGUCUCCGGCAGAGCUCGCAAAGGGUUCCCUCAUCGAAGCCUUACAACCGUUCGACCCCUCCCAGCCAGCAAAAUGGUAUGUUGUCGACCGCAAACAUGGCAAGGGUCUUAUCGCAACAUACGACAGCCGCGCAUUCUUCUGCUUCCACAGCGUAAACGCUUGGCAGGAACCGUCCCUAACUGACCCAUCCAAAACCGACAUCGUCGCAGAGUGUGUCAUGUUCGAGAGUUCAGAUGUUCUGUAUAGACUCUAUUACGAGCUGCUGCUGUCGAAUUCACCCAAGGCUCAGCAAUCUUCGCACAAGCACUUCUCCGGUUCAAAGAUAGCUCGCUUCCGCCUUCCCUCCAUCCCCACUACUCCGACCGCUGGAACACAGACUGCAUCUGUGGAUUGGACAGCCGGGGAAUUUCCUCUCGAACUCCCCACCCUGAAUCCGGCAUACCUUACCCGCCCGCACCGGUACACGUAUGCUGUGGUAGGUCGGGGCGAAUCGACUUUCCUUGAUGGAAUUCUUAAAUUUGAUAGUCAGACUAAAGAGUCCUACAUUUGGCACAGGCAUGCGCAAUCUCCUGGGGAGCCUAUUUUCAUUGCUGACCCCAAGGGGGGGACAGAAGACGCUGGCGUGCUUCUCAGUGUGGUUUUGGAUGGUAUGACUGGAAGAAGCUACUUGCUGUGUCUGGAUGCAACGACAGUUACGGAACUGGGUCGCGCUCAGGUGGAGGGCCCUAUAGGGUUCGGGUUUCAUGGCCAGCAUAUUCCGACGAGAGGAAUGCCUACGGGAGAUUUCUAG